CAAGAGCAAAAUGGAAAAGAUCAUUAAAAGGGCAUAGAGUUCCUGUCAUCGGUGUUCGCACUUUUUUAUCACCCUUUGCUUUCAGAGCUAGAAGCACGAUCCCGAGCGGAGCGGACGCCAAGACCCCACCCGGCGGAAACCGCAGACCCCGUACGAAAGUACACCAGAAUGGUAGCUCUCACACAACUGAGCGGAGCGGAAACUGAUCACUGGUCCGCCGAGGCUUACCAUACCUCCGCGUCUUUCGUCCCCCUUUUGACCCAGAAGGUCUUGGCUUACAUUGAUCCCCAUUCAACGGAUCAGGUAUUGGAUAUUGGCUGUGGCGAUGGCAAAUUCACGGCGAAAUAUAUGGACCGAGUGAGCCAUGUGUUGGGCUUAGACGCUUCAAAGGGGAUGAUCGAAGCAGCGAAGAGCGAUUUUGGGCAGGCUAAUGCCGAAUUCAGGGUGGUUGACUGUAGAUAUUUGGAUAAAGAGUUGCAGGAAGGAAGGGUUGGAGUGGCCCGGUGGGACAAGGUGGUAUCCAACGCCGCCCUGCACUGGAUCCUAAAAGACCCAACAACCCGUGUUUCAGUGCUGAGAGCAAUAUACACGUGCCUCAAGCCAGGCGGCUUGUUCGUUUUUGAAAUGGGCGGCCACGGAAACGUCCCUGAAGUCCAUAGUGCUCUAAUAGCCGCUCUUGUCCACCAUGGCGUGUCCUUCAGUGCAGCUCGCGAGGGGAUUCCGUGGUUCUUCGCAUCGGAGCCAUGGAUGAGAGAGACGCUGGAAGAGAUUGGUUUCAGAGUAGACAAGUUGGAAGUUGAGUAUCGACCCACGAAAUUAACGACGGAUGAGAAGGGCGGCAUGCAGGGCUGGUUAAGACUGAUGGGUGCUUCAGCCUUAGAAAUGCUAGAUGAAGAGAAGAGGGAAAGGGUAGUUAAGGAGGUAUGUGAGACUUUGGAAUCGGUGAUUACGAGGGAAGAUGGGAGUCAAUGGCUCGGGUAUGUAAGGUUAAGAGGAGUGGCAGUAAAAAGCGAACAGUAAUGCCAGCAGUACUACUAUAAGGACAAUAGACCGCGGGUUCAAUCAUAUUUAGUGAAUAUCUAUUUCGCCCAAGUUGGAUUUGGGCAACUUGAAUGUUCUCUCAUUCUUAGUCCGCCCUCCGUAGGCUCCUAGGACUUGGGGCAGGUCUGACAAUGGAGACAAAACAGCCCAGGUGAGACGACACCCCAUCCACACAGAAAGCCGUAUCCCCAGCUCCCGUUGGCAAAACCUUGACUUUCGUCCAGCCAGCACAGUGCACGUACUAUUACGCACGCGCCGUAUUGGAAGGACGAGAUCAAAGGCGUUCCCGCGGAAAGGGAAUAUGGAUUGCUACGCGGACAAGGCCUCGUUUAGCCCUGCUGUUUUAUCAAUUUUGCGCUUUCCUUGGGGAUGGAACCCCAAGGGACUUGUGAUCUUCCAACCAUGGGGAUGCGAGGCUGGAAGACGUAUUCAAUUCUGUUCUUGAGCAGCGCGCGGGAUGUCUUACGUGAUCGAAAC